AUGUGUGGAGGUUCUCGUUACUUCGCUUCAUGCCUCCUCUCCUGCAGGUACAACGUCGUGCCCGUGGUGUACGGCCUGGGGCCAUACGAGGCGGUGGCGCCCCCGGGGUCGUACAUCGACGCGUUGGCCUUCCCUUCUGCGCGGGAUCUCGCCCAACAUCUGCUGUACCUCAGCCGCAACACCAGCGCCUACCUCGCCCACUUCAGGUGGCGCGACAGCUACAGCUGGUCCAUGGACCACCACGUCAGCUGGUGCGCGCUCUGUGAAAAGCUUCACUCACAACACGAACCACGCAAGACCUAUGACAUCUACGACUGGUUCAUGCGUGACAAGUGCGUGGGCACGCACGACCCGCGAGUCAGAACGCUCCUCGGCGAUUGAAUGGGCCCGUAGAUGAGGACUUCAAACGGGCCUGCGGGUGAGAGCUCAAAACGGGCCAGUAGAUGAGGACUCCAAACGGGCCCGCGGGUGAGGACUCCAAACGGGCCCGCGGGUGAGGGCUCCAAACUGGCCCGCGGGUGAGGGCUCCAAACGGGCCCGCAGUUGAGGGCUCCAAACGGGAACUCGGGGUAUUGAUUCAAACGGGUUCGCGGAUGAGGGCUCAAAACUGGCCCGCGGUUGAAGGCUCCAAACGGGAACGUGGGGUAUUUCUCCAAACUGACCCGCGGGUGAGGGCUGAAAACUGGCCCGCGGUUGAGGGCUCCAAACGGGAACGCGAGGUAUUUCUCCAAACUGGCCCGCGGGUGAGGGCUCCAAACGGGCUUGCUGGUGAUGGCUCCAAACGGGCCCGUGGGUGAGAGCUCCCAACGGGCCCGCGGUUUAGGACCCCAAACUGGCCCGCGGGUGAGACCUUAAAUCGGGCAUGCGGCUGAGGGCUCCAAACGGGGUCGCGGGCGAGGUUUCCAAACGGGCCCGCGGGUGAGGGCCGGAUUCUCAAAGCAGAUGUUUUGAAGUUCCCUGCAACGAUGAUCUCAAAACUGUGAUGAAUUUGUACCGCAUGCACAAAAAGGCUUACGAUGACCGCAGUGGGGAUGGUUACUGUGAUGACCGCAGUGGACUUAAUGAACCAUUCUGGACCUUAUGACCAUCCUAGCACCUACGACCAUUCUAGCACUUACGACCAUCCUAGUACUUACGACCAUCCUAGUACUUACGACCAUUCUAGCACUUACGACCAUCCUAGUACUUACGACCAUUCUAGCACUUACGACCAUUUUAGCACUUACAACCAUUCUAGUACUUACGACCAUUCUAGCACUUACCACCAUUCUAGCACUUACAACCAUUCUAGCACUUACGACCAUUCUA